GCGUUCGGUCUGUAGAAGAAGGUGCACUUAUUUUGAAAAGCUGACACGGGAAGUGUCACUAUUUGUUCUAGAAGGAGAAACACAGGUGCUAAAAAACAGUUUCCCAGCGACUCCCACUUGUUUUAUGAACUUAUAUUUCGUGACGCAGGCUCUUUUUCUCGGUCUCGAGCUCGUCGGUUGGGGGUACUUCGACGGUUGGUGAAGACGGUUAACCGUUAGAAGCCGUCAUGGCGUCGCCUCUGCAGAUGACAGAGAUGUACGACAACGCUCUGCUCGGGAUCCUGCAGCACGUCGGAAACAUCCAGGACUUCCUCCAGGUCUACUUCGGGUUUCUGUACCGCAAGACGGACUUCUACCGCCUGCUGUCGGGUCCCAGCGAGAAGAUGGGCUUCCCCCCCGGGGUGGCGGAGAAGAUGGUGUUUAAGACGUUCAAGCUGUUUGAGAAGCUGGCGGAGCACGACCGAGAGCGGCUGCAGAGCGAGCUGCAGAAGAGAGAGGAGGGUCUCUGUGCCCCCCCGGCGGUUCAGGAGCUGGAGAUCAGGGACCAGGAGGAGCCGGGCACAGAGGAGGGCUCUCCCGGGGAGGGUCCUGCUCCUCCUUCCUCCUCGGGAGCUACCGCUGACCCCCCACCCGACAGGGGCGGCGUUGGUGGUCCGGGUCCGGUGGCUCGGGGAGACCAGGAGGCUGCAGCCGGGGAGACCCCAACAGAAAAGACUCAGGAGAAGUUCCAGGCGGACCCCGACAGUUACAACGGGGCUGUGAGGGAAAACUACAGCUGGUCUCAGGACUACACGGACGUGGAGGUCCGAGUGUUUGUGCCCAAGACGGUUGUUAAAGGCCGACAGGUCAGAGUCAGUCUGCAGACCGGCAGCUUGCAGGUGUGUGUGAGGGAGGGAGCCGAGGAGAAGACACUGAUGGAGGGACAGUUCACCCACAAGAUCAACACUGAGAACUCCCUGUGGAGUCUGGAGCCUGGACACUGCGUGGUGCUGUCGCUCAGCAAGACCUCGGAGGUUUGGUGGAACGCGGUGCUGAAAGGAGAACAGGAGAUCGACAUCGACAAAAUCAACCGCGAACGCUCCAUGGCAACGGUUGACGAGGAGGAGCACGCCGUUCUGGACCGACUCUCCUUCGACUACCACCAGAAGCUGCAGGGCAAACCCCAGAGUCACGAAAUGAAAGUGCACGACAUGCUGAAGAAGGGCUGGGACGCUGAAGGCUCGCCCUUCAGAGGGCAGCAGUUCGACCCCUCCAUGUUCGACAUCCCGCCCAGCGCCGUGCAGUUCUGAGGACGCAACUCGGCCAAGUACGAACUGAAUCCUGGUUUAUUCACAGAGCCGCUUGUAGGGAAGUCAGCAUUCACCUGCCGGUCUGUGGCGUUGGACUUUAACUAUACGAGCCGAACUGAAGCUGGUUUUGCGUGGAGUGUGAACACAGAUGAGGACAGAUGUCAUUCUAUCAAUUUUUUUGAUGUUUUGGUAGUAAGAAAUCCGAUAAAUAUGUGUUCUUUGUUAUCUGUUUUGCUCUUUGUUUAAAAAAAAAGAAAUCUGCAGU